UAUAAAUACUGCGCAGAGCACUCUCAACUUUCAAAAAACCAAAUCUCUAAGAAAGAAAAAAAAAACCGAAAUUCGAACUCGCUUGAUUCGUAACAAUGGGCGCGAAAAAAAAUGGCGACGAUGGGAAGAAGAAAGAAGACAGCUCCAGUGUGGUGUUCAAGAUCGAUAUACACUGCGAGGGCUGCGCCAACAAAAUCAGAAAAUGCGUCCGAGAAAUCGAAGGCGUGGAGAAGGUGAAAGCAGAAUGGGAAAUCAACAAGCUGACGGUGAUCGGAAAAUUCGACGCGUCGAAGCUCCGGGAGAAGCUGGCCGACAAAACGAAGAAGAAAAUCGACAUUGUGUCGUCGUCGUCGGAGAAGAAGAAAGAAAAGGAUGAGAAAGCAGAGGAUAAGAAAGCAGAGGAGAAGAAGCCCAAAGAAAAAGAGACUCCGGUGACGACGGCGACUUUGAAGGUGGAGCUGCACUGCCAGGGAUGCAUCCAGAAGAUUUACAAAGUAGUAUCGAGGACCAAAGGAGUGGAGGAUAUGGCGAUCGAGAGACAAAAAGAUUUGGUGAUGGUGAAAGGGAAAAUGGAUGUGAAGGCUCUGAUUCAGAAUUUGGAGGAGAAGCUGAAGCGGAAAGUUGCCGUGGUUGUACCCAAGAAGGACAAAGACGACGGAGCCAAGGGCGGAGACGCCGCUGACAACAACAAGACCGCCGGAGAUGCCGCUCAACAGCCAACUACUGGCGGCGGAAUCACGGAGGGAAACAGACCGGACUACGCGGCGGUUCCGGUUCAGGGAUACGGAUACGGAUAUGGAUACGGGUAUGGACCCGGUGGAUAUGUGGGACAACACCUGCCUUCGCCUCAAAUGUUUAGCGAUGAGAAUCCGAAUGCUUGCUCCGUUAUGUGAUGUCACAAAAUAUAUUGCCAUUCAAUUCUUAAAAUGUAAACUUUGUUCCAUUUUGGGUUUUUUUUACCCUUUUCUGGGUAAAGAUUUCUGUAAUUUAAUUUAUUUGUCUUUUUCUAAUAAAUGGGUAAAUUUUACCUUGACCUAAA